CUCCCCGCCAAAGGCCCAAAACACAUCCAGCCCAGCCAGGAAAAGGUGAUGGUGAUGGACAGUGGACCUGGUGCGUGCCGACAACCUUAGCUCGAACCCCUCCACCACACCCACGCCGCAGCGCCGCAACGCCGCGGCGCAUCUUGAGCCUUGAGGUACCCUGCUCCUAAUUUACCUUACCUGACGGAUACUCCAGCACAUUCUACAUUCCUCACAUUUCUUCGCUCCUCCAACCCGAACACUCCGUUCACCUCCAUUUUCUCCUUCUUCCAUCACCUCAGCUCGCUUUCUUUUCGAGGCUGUAUUGCAUAUCCGCGCCGUCAUUUCUUUUUACUGCCACACCAGCUCACACCUCUGUUGCGCCCAGCUACUGAAUCAUCGUCCAUCCUAAAUCUACCUACACAACUGUACCUCCGCCUACCUAAGCUCUGCCGAAGCCGUCUUCUACCCCAAUCCGUCUCACAAGCCGGCUCCAAACCAUCAAAAGAGUCAACUAGGGUCCUUAGCCACCCUUGCUGCAGGAUCCCUUUCCCGCUUUGAGAUAGGCCCUUCAGCUAGCCCUCCUCUCCUCCUCAUAUCGUAAGGUACUGGUAAGCUUGUCCACGCUCCUCCAACCAGUUUCGCUCUCGAGAAAGGCUGACACUGCUCUUGUGCUCACCAACUUAGUCUCGAGACCUAAGCACGCGCAUUCUCAUCCCGUCCCUACACCUCAACCACGACCCCCUCGCUUCCCCUCACCAUUUUCUGAACUCGCGACAACCGUACUUCAGCUUCGUCGCGCAUCUAUAAAGACGUCCGGUCCCCGAAAUCUUCCUUGUCAACCCACUCCUUUUCGAAGACCAUCUCGCCGAGCUAGAACCUCCUCCCACCACGGCUUGUUGGCCUCGGGUCAUCAAAUACACAUAAAUCGGGUCUGAGAAUAGUCUCGCCGUCUCGACAAGAUGUCAGGAUACCCGGGCCAGUACGGAGGAUACCAAGGCGGCCCACCGCCGCAGCAGCAAUACGCGCAGGGCGGCUAUUACCCGUAUGAACUCCGAUCUUUGUUCGCGUGCCCGCUCUCAGUCACUAACAUGAAGAGCAAAAGCCCUCCACAGCAAGGAUACAAUGGAUACCCUCCUGCUGGGUCGGGCUACGGCUACCAACAGCCGUCCCCUCAACCCUACGGUUACAACCAGCCCCCUCCUCCGCAACAAUAUGGUGGAUAUCAGCAGCCCCCGCCUCAACCGAAUUACAACAACCGUCCAGGUGUACCCACCGUGAACUCGAAUGCUUACAUGCACGGAAACCACAACGCUCCUCCACCGCCGCCCUCGCAACCGCAGAGAUUUGGACAUGGCGCGCCAAGUAACUACAACUUCCAGUACUCCAAUUGUACCGGCCGGAGAAAGGCGUUACUGAUUGGCAUCAACUACUUCGGUCAACGCGGUCAGUUGCGUGGUUGUAUCAAUGAUGUGAAGAACAUGUCAGCAUAUCUCGUCGACCGUUUUGGUUAUAAGAGGGAGGAUAUGGUUAUCCUCACUGAUGACCAGCAAAAUCCCAUGAGCCAGCCUACGAAACAGAAUCUCCUCAGAGCCAUGCAUUGGCUCGUGAAAGACGCGAGACCCAACGACUCGCUUUUCUUCCACUACUCAGGCCAUGGUGGUCAAACAAAGGAUCUCGACGGCGACGAGCCUGACGGAUACGAUGAAGUCAUUUACCCAGUAGACUUCCGCCAAACCGGUCAUAUUACGGAUGAUGAGAUGCACAGAAUCAUGGUUCAACCUUUGCAAGCUGGUGUGAGACUGACUGCUAUCUUCGACUCUUGUCACUCGGGUACUGCGCUCGAUCUCCCCUACAUCUACUCGACUCAGGGUAUCCUCAAGGAGCCCAAUUUGGCCAAGGAGGCCGGCCAAGGCCUUCUUGGUGCUAUUUCGUCAUACAGCCAGGGCGAUCUGGGCGGUGUGGCAAGCAACAUCAUGGGCUUCUUCAAGAAGGCAACGACUGGCGAAGAUGCCUACCAACGCACCAUGGCCACGAAGACGUCGCCUGCUGAUGUGAUUAUGUUGUCAGGAAGCAAAGAUGACCAAACUUCGGCCGAUGCAACAAUCGCCUCCCAGGCUACGGGUGCCAUGUCAUGGGCCUUUAUCACGGCCAUGAAGAAGAACCCUCAACAGAGCUACGUGCAGCUCUUGAACAGUAUCCGUGACGAGCUCGCGAGUCGCUAUACGCAGAAGCCGCAGCUCUCCUGCAGUCACCCCCUCAACACCAACCUCUUGUUCGUCAUGUAAAUCAUAAUCCUGUGUGUCAAACGGCCGGUCCGCCAUGUAUAUGUCAUAAUGCCCUACUUCGGCCGGGAAACAUAAAUACUCAGGGUUGGUUAGACAUGGGUAGGCAUAGGUCAUCAUUGGAAAAGGAAUCGGUGGGAUGGCGAAAAUUGGGGAUUUUGGGUAUCAUUUGGGUGGUUUCCUUUCGUUUUUUUGGGCAGGUUUUUUCUGCCACACUCUCGACGCCCUUGUCCGCCUCUCGUAUAGUUGAGAUGCCAAGUAACCUACCUACCCUCACUCGACUAGUUCUCCGAACUGGAAAUCAGAUAAAAAGUUGAUUCACGUCACUUCAAUACGGGGUGAAUUCGGGAAUGUCGCAAUGUGCGUGAGAGAGAAGCGGA